AUGACUUGUUCAUUCUUGCUCUAUUUCAUUCUAUUCUUUACUUUAUGCCUCAAAGCAAAGGCUUUGAUAAAGCUUCCUCCAAAUGUUACAAUUCCAGCAGUGAUAGCAUUUGGAGAUUCAAUCGUUGACUCAGGAAACAACAAUAACCUCAGAACUUUGGUUAAAUGUAACUUCCCUCCUUAUGGUAAAGAUUUUCAAGGUGGUCUUUCAACAGGUCGUUUUUGCAAUGGAAAAAUUCCUUCAGACAUUCUAGCUGAAGAAUUGGGUAUCAAAGGGUAUGUACCUGCAUAUUUGGAUCCAAAUCUCAAAUCAACUGAUCUUCUUACGGGCGUAGGGUUCGCCUCCGGAGCAUCAGGAUAUGAUCCAUUAACACCACAAAUUGCGUCGGUGAUUUCGUUAUCGGCUCAACUAGACAUGUUCAAAGAAUACAUCGGAAAGCUGAAAAACAUGGUUGGAGAAGAAAGAACAAACUUCAUCCUAACAAAUAGUCUUUUUGUUUUGGUGGGAGGUAGUGAUGACAUUGCCAACACAUAUUUUAUUGCUCAUGCAAGAACACAAUAUGACAUUCCUGCUUACACUGAUCUUAUGUCCAGCUCAGCCACUAAUUUUGUAAAGGAAAUAUAUAAACUUGGAGCUAGAAGAAUUGCUGUACUAGGUGCACCACCAAUAGGAUGUGUGCCAUCACAAAGAACUCUUGCUGGAGGGAUAGUAAGAGAAUGUGCAGAAAAUUAUAAUGAUGCAGCAAAGUUAUUCAAUAUCAAACUCUCAAACAAGCUUGAUUCUCUAGGUCACAACUCACCUAAUAGCAAGAUAGUUUACGUUGAUGCUUACACCCCUCUACUUGAUAUCAUUCUCAAUUAUCAAAAAUAUGGGUUCAAAGUUGUGGAUAGAGGUUGUUGUGGCACAGGGAAACUAGAAGUUGCAGUGUUAUGCAAUCGUUUUGACACUACUUGUUCUGAUGCUUCUGAAUAUGUGUUUUGGGAUAGCUAUCAUCCUACUGAAGCAGCAUAUAGAAAGCUAGUAGAUGCAAUUAAUCAAAAAUAUUUGACUAGAUUGUUUUAA